CACGCCGCCGCCACCAACCCCGAGGAGGGAUGACCCUCUCCGGCGGCGGCAGCGCCAGCGACAUGUCCGGCCAGACGGUGCUGACGGCCGAGGACGUGGACAUCGAUGUGGUGGGCGAGGGCGACGACGGGCUGGAGGAGAAGGACAGCGACGCGGGCUGCGAGAGCCCCGUGGGGCCGCCGGAGCUGCGCCUGGACGAGGCGGACGAGGUGACGCCCGCGGCACCCCACCAUGGGCAGCCUCAGCCGCCGCACCAACAGCCUCUGGCAUUGCCCAAAGAGGCAACUGGAGCCGGGGCUGGGCCGGGGGGCGAGGCGGGCGCUUCCGAACCUGACGGCUGCAAGGGCGGCGUUGGCGGCGAGGAGGGCGGCGGGAGCGGCGGCGGGCCGGGCUCCGGCAGCGGUGCAACGGGAGGCCUAGCCCCCAGUAAGCCCAAGAACAGUCUGGUGAAGCCUCCCUACUCGUACAUCGCGCUCAUCACUAUGGCUAUCCUGCAGAGUCCGCAGAAGAAGCUGACCCUGAGCGGCAUCUGCGAGUUCAUUAGCAACCGCUUUCCCUACUACCGGGAGAAGUUCCCCGCCUGGCAGAACAGUAUCCGCCACAACCUCUCGCUCAACGACUGCUUCGUCAAGAUUCCCCGCGAGCCGGGCAACCCAGGCAAGGGCAACUACUGGACCCUGGACCCGCAGUCCGAGGACAUGUUCGACAACGGCAGCUUCCUGCGGCGCCGGAAACGCUUCAAGCGCCACCAGCAGGAGCACCUGCGCGAGCAGACGGCGCUCAUGAUGCAGAGCUUCGGCGCUUACAGCCUAGCGGCGGCGGCAGGCGCCGCGGGGCCCUACGGCCGCCCCUACGGCCUGCACCCCGCGGCCGCGGCGGGCGCCUACUCUCACCCGGCUGCCGCGGCCGCGGCGGCGGCGGCGGCGGCGCUCCAGUACCCCUAUGCGUUGCCGCCGGUGGCACCGGUGUUGCCGCCCGCGGUGCCGCUGCUGCCCUCGGGCGAGCUGGGCCGCAAAGCGGCCGCCUUCGGCUCACAGCUCGGCCCGGGCCUGCAGCUGCAGCUCAACAGCCUGGGCGCCGCCGCGGCCGCCGCGGGCACGGCGGGCGCUGCGGGCACCACGGCGUCGCUGAUCAAGUCCGAGCCGAGCGCGCGGCCGUCGUUCAGCAUCGAAAACAUCAUCGGCGGGGGCCCCGCGGCGCCCGGGGGCUCGGCAGCGGGCGCUGGGGGCGCGGGGGUAACUGGGGGCACCGGGGGCGGUGGGGGCGGCAGCGCGGCGCAGUCCUUUCUACGGCCGCCGGGCACCGUGCAGUCCGCGGCGCUCAUGGCCACGCAUCAGCCGCUGUCGCUGAGCCGGACGACGGCCACCAUCGCGCCCAUCCUGAGCGUGCCGCUCUCUGGACAGUUCCUGCAGCCCGCAGCCUCGGCCGCCGCUGCUGCCGCGGCUGCAGCGCAAGCAAAGUGGCCCGCUCAAUAGGGACGCGCCGGUGGCCGGGACCGAGGGCCGGGUGGCGGCUGCCCUUCUAGUUUGCGCGCCCCGCCCCGGGCCCGGCCCCCCUGCCCAAUCCCGGACUCUGCUUCUCCUCCAUUUCCUCCCCCCCGACCCCUCAACACCGACCUUCGGCUGCCUCCACCCCCUCGCGCACACCUAGGCUGGCGGAGCAAACUCUCACCGCACGCCCGCCGGGAAUAGCUUGCGGUACAGGUAAAACCGAAAACCGAAUUUUCCAAAAAUGUACCCCGACGGCUCCUGCUCUCAGUACCGUAGGGAUGGGAGGGAAAUCUUUGUACAUAUUUGUAUAAAAAUUAUUGACUUUCCUUUUGGGGUUCUUAUUUUUUUAAGAAAAAACAAAUUCAGUAGAUUUAGAGCUCUGAACUUUCAUUUUUUUUGAAGGUUCACUCUCCGCAGUUUUAUGUGAGAAAAAAGUGU